AUGGGAUUCUCAAUAGGAAUAGAAUGGGUACCUGGACAUAAGGGGAUUAAAGGUCGUCCCCCGCCCAAAGUAACUUGGUGGCAAGAAAACGCCCUCCUUGACGAUUCUUUCGAGUAUUUGUCUGAAAGAAGAGUCCGGAAUAUUCUUCACAUAGAUAAACUUGAACGAAAACACCUUCACACCGUGUUUACUUGCCAGGCGUCCAACAAUAAUCUCGUUGCCCCCAUUUCCAGCUCCAUCACCUUGGAUAUAAACCAUUUUACAAUAAACAUCUCUUCUUGA